UAUCAAUCUUAAAAGAGGCGGAGUGGUGAUUUAGGUAGAUAGCCUGUGAGGCAAAAUCAGGGAAUGGCAAAGCUUGUGAAUAGCCAGAGCGAGAAGGAACUAACGAACUGUUUUUAUAUGGUAUAACCAAGAACUUAGCUGUCGUCUAUUUUUUUCAGUUACAUAUUCAUCAGUGGGUAAUUAGCUGACAAGCGAUAACAUCAUAACGACUGCCCUCGUUUUGUUUGGACCGGGUGGCAGAAGCCCCAAACCCGAUGUUACAUUAGCUUCCAGGGACCUUCGUGAAGAGCAUAUAAAGUUAGUUAGCAAAUUAAAGCUACAUGGUGGAUGCUAGUAGUGCAUUUAAUGCUAAGCUACGCUAGCUAAAGGCAACCCGGCGUACUCUAUCCAACCUUUUCGAGAUGUUUCACGAUGCUUGUUAAUUAAGUUUGACGGGGAAUUUCCUUGUUUAUCCAGGCCAUCAUUGUCAGCUAACGUUAGCUUCCUGUCUGGAAGCACUGGGUUUUCGGCAAAGCCAUGGCAGAUGAAAAUACACAGUUCUGUGGUAAUUGCAAACAUGAUAUUCCAGAGGCUAAUUUUACUACCCAUGAGAUCCACUGUCGAAGAAACAUCGCACUGUGUGAUGUGUGCCAGGAGCCAGUGCCCCGGUCAGAUCUUCAGGAGCACAAACAACAGGAGCAUGCACAGGUUACAUGCAAGUGUGGUUUGAAGAUUGAAAAAAAUCAUUUUGAUGUUCACCAGAGCUCUGAAUGUUCUCAGCGACUCGUCCCUUGCCAAUACUGUGAACUGGAGAUUGUUUACAGUCAGGCCAAAGAACAUGAGGAUUAUUGUGGCGCACGCACUGAGCCCUGCUCACACUGCAAGUGCAAUGUAAUGUUGAGGGAACGAGCUGUGCACCCACUCUUAUGUGGAAGCCUUACACCACCCCAAGAGAGGAACAACAAUCGAAUAAGUCACAGUCCAGUAGACUCACAGCCUCCAGGACCAUGGUUUGAAGCCCACUCCAUCCGAAACCUCCUACGAACCCAAGAGAGGGGCCCAAAGAAUAAUAACGUCAAUGCAGCAGAGCAACAGGCCUUUCCCCAGCCUUUUGAUCACAGAGUUUAUAACCCUUCAAGAGGGGCUCAAGGAUCAGGAGACUGGAAGAAUAAUGUCUCAAGAAAUACAGCAUUCAGCCACUUGCUGGAGCAGAGUGAUUUUCUGACUAGCAACAGCAGCAGUGGUAGUGGUAGUGCUUGGCCACAUAGUGAGUUUACAUUGGAUGAGGAUUCGUCAGGCCUGGACUACAUGUUGGCUCUUAGUCUGCAGAGUGAUGGGGAAUCAGUGGCUGGAGUUGGAGAUGGCAAUCUGUGGAGUGGUAUCUGGGGACACAAAGUUGGGAAGACGUCCAACACCUCUUCAGACACUCCACAACCCAACUUCACAACAGGCAGAAGUGCAGUCCAGGACCCUGAUCAAACAGAUACCAUGCUACCUUGUGAGUUUUGCGAAGAGCUGUUUCCUGAAGAGGACCUCAUUUUGCAUCAGACUGGGUGCAGCCCUGCCUCAGCCUUUGCAUCUUUCAGUAAGCAGCCCGCUUCUCCACCUAGAGAGAACAGGAUGAGCAGGAAUGCUUCAGGGCUGAUGCAUAACAUACCUGACACACUCGCUUCAAACAUCCCCACUUUCCCUCGGUCAGCCUCCCCGGCCUCCUACAGUCCUCCGGCCAGUCCACUAGAGGGCGAUGUCGUCAUUCCAUGUGAAUUCUGUGGCGUUGCUUUAGAGGAGGCCGUGGUCUUUCACCACCAGGACAAAUGUGAUAUGCGUCCUCAGACUUCACAUCCACUGAACAAUCUAACAAGAACAUCUGUUAAAAAACCACUGAGCCCUGGUAAAGAUACGUUUGGUCGGAUGUCUCCGAAUUUUCAAAGGAGAAUAAAGCACCAAGCUGACUUUGCAGCGGACUUUGGAUUUGACAGCGACACACCACCAGAACUAAACCCAAGGGAAUGGCAGAGAGGCUACAUCGGACUACCGAGUCAAAGGAAGACGUCCAACUGUGAUGUUUCUGUAAAAGACCAACAUCAGCAUGGCAGGGACGCAGAGGAGGCUCAGUCGUCUUUCUGUGACUCUGAGAGAUUACAUGUACCAGAAAGUAAUGAAGGGAAAAGGAGCAUAAGGAAUCCAGUGACAAAGUUGCCCAAGAAGCAGAAUGAAGAGCAGCAGGACGAGUGAGAGAGGGAACAUGUGGAGAAACAGACAAACCAAACCUCCUGCUCGGCUUUUCAUUUAUCUUUUUGCACACCUUUGAAAAUGAAACAUAUAACUAUCUGAAAAGUGCCUGUAUGGGUAUCAGUAUAUUGCCGUUUAUAUUUUGAUUAAUUUUACUAUUAAAGUGUAAGAAAAUAAUUGGGUUUAUUCAUGCAUAUUGUCCUGUGUUUAAGGUUUGUUUCUCUGUAUGUCUAACAUCUAGCCUUAACAGAGCUUGUUUUGAUUCUACCUUUUUCUUUUCUUUUUUUUUUAACUUUGCAAGUCGUGUCAUGGAUCAUUAAGAAGAUUAGGAACAUCAAACACAGACACAUGACUUUGUCUGUGUGUCUAACUUACCGGUAAUCUUCACCUUUUUUCUUCAGCCAAGGACAUUGUGUUUCCACCCCUGUUGUCUUUUUUUCCAGGGUCUUUAUCCAUUUUCCUGUUGGUUUCUUUCUGUAACGUAAAGCACUUUUGAUAGAGUAUUUUGUCUAAAAAGGGCUUGAGAAACCAGUUUGAUAAAUUUCUGCAUCUUUGAUGAAAAAAAUGUAUUGAACAUUUGUCUUUAAUACUCUUCAGUAAUAUGUAGAUUUUUCUUAAUCAUAACCACUGAACUAUAUAUGUUAUGAUAAGAUGCCUUUUGAAGCAGUGUCUCCUAUCCAAUCUCCCUUUUUAAGUAGUGUGAAAUAUAUGUUGUUGCUCCUUCAAAUAGCAUUUAAAAUAAAUAAGAUGCAUUUUUUUGUGUAAUUUAGGGCCCAGUUUAGAAACACAUAUUAAAUAGUCAUUCUUUUUCCACACACAGUUAAGCUUCUUCAACUAAAAACAACACCAGAUUUUUCCUGAUUAUUGUCUGAUCAGCAGGCUCAGGUUACGGUCAGUGAAAUCGCCUGGUGUGUUUGGAUAUACUUUAGGUAUUCAUAAAACAUGGCUGAUUAUUCCUGCUUAUAAACAAGUGUCUCGAUGCUAUUUGUCUUGUGUGGCUAUUAAACAUUUAAUGAGAACAUU